CUCAGUCACUGCCUGUUUGUCUCUCUUACUGAAAAUAACAAUCACAGUGAGGAGGAUCAGCUCACGACUCGACUACAAAGUCAAUUGAGAGCGAUGAAUCCAGAGGAAGAGCCACAGUCACACCUGUUUCUCUGGUUUGCAUCACGUUACCACGAGUUCUUGGACAUCGGCUACAGCUGAUAAACAGAAACAAACCAACUGCUCUGACGGUUCCUGGACAAACUGCAGAAACGUCUCUUUGGUUUUUGUUCUUCUGACCCUGAGAAAAUGAGUUUAUUCUUCUUCCUCCUUCACCUAACCUGCACUGUGCAGGGAAUAUUUACAGGCGAAAACCCUCCAUCUGUUUACGAAACAGAAGAAGACGACAACUUCACCCUCAACUGGGACAACCUGACCCAAACCAACACGACCCUCACCAAAAUGAUCUGUUUUCUCCUGCUGAGUCCUCCUAAAGUCCUGUAUCGAAAGAUAAGUGGCGCUGAGUCUCAGGAUGGACAGUUUUCAGGACGAGUUCAGAGUGAUGGGACAGAAGGACGACUCAGACUCCACCUGUCCAGACUGAGGACCGAAGACUCUGGAUGUUACCGCUGUGACCUGGCUGCCUAUAACCAGCUGUUGAGGAAAUGGGAGCUGCAGACUUCAGUAACGUUUGUCCUGAACGUGACCAAAACCUCUCGUGGAGAAACGCCUGCGUCUCUGAACACAACAAAGCCUCGCCUCACCGCUACUCCAGAAAAUCCAAAUCGUCAAAUAGUCAUGGUUAUACUUGUCACAGUUCUGCUAGUUUUCUUGCUGCUUGGCGUUGCGAUUCUGGCCUGUAGACUUUUUGGACGACAAUGCACAGGUGUAAACAGAAAUAUGGAUGAAUUAAAGGACAUACAAAUAAACGGGAAUGAUUUUGAAGAGAUGAACCUUAUGAUCAGCCUCUGAGCUGAUCAUCUUCCAUCCACAUCUGCUCCAGAUGUUCACCAAUCAUCUCUUUGAUUUUUGGCUCCAGAGACUCUUCUAACAAUUACCAUCAGUUUAUGGAAUAGAAACUGCCUGAGUGUAUUUAUUUAUCCUGACAAUUUCCUUCUUCUCUGAUCAAUUUUAAUGGCGUUUCUGACAAAAAGUGGAAUUUUGCAAAACUGAAAUGUAUUUACUCAACCCAUCAAAGCAGUUAUG